UGAUUCAGUCAGCAGCAUGCGAGGGAAGCAGUUUUGUGCAGCGCUUCUGGUCACUGUCUACAUCACAGCAUUCGAAUGUAAACUCGAAAUUUUUGGACUCAAAAAAUACAACAUGGCAAAGUUUUUACAGACCAAACUUCCCAUAUGGACGUUCUUCACAACCAGUGGCGGCAAGGCGGAAUGUGAGGUACAAGUCGUGCAAACAAUUAACAAGAAGACAGUUGCCUUCAUGCAAUAUUUCUACAACGGUUCAAAAAAGGUGGCAAGCCCUAUGAUUGGCACGUUUGAUCAACGUCAUAAAAACCACAUGGCCGUUCGAACACCAGGUGGUUAUUAUUUGCAAGAAAAGAUUGUCUACGCAAGCCAUGCGUACUCUUGUGCAGUUAUUCAAGUGACGACGAAGUUCUGUGGUCACAAACACAUAUAUGACCUUCUCGUUUGGAACUCGUCAAUAAAAGCUGUGCCUGACCACAAGUGUAUCAAGCAAUACCGAAAACGAGAGAGCAAGGGAAGAAUGGUGUACCAUCCGUAUUGCCAAGACAUACUUAAAAACCGUGGUUACUUUCAGAAUCAGUCAACCUACGCAGAAAAGUGCCUCCGCUAGUUUAUGUAUACAAUUCAUUUUUGCUGUUAAGAGAUGUGCCACAGAAACAUUGCUACUGAUGAGAGUGAUAAGCAGAACUUACUUGUACUAUAUGUGUCAUGUUCAAUAUUCAGGGCUCAAUAUACGUAAUAAAAUAAGUAGAACUUGACGGGAAACCUAGUGUGGCAUUUUGACUUUGCCGAAAUUCGGUUAAUUCGGUUAUAGGGGUAGUUACUUACUGUGUAUGGUGAUUACACACAAUAAUAUUGUUAAAACCAAAUAACUGCUCAUGUGAACGCAACAGUGUUAAACCCAUCUACUAACUGGAAAUACUGUUUUAGGGUGCUUGGCUGCCAUCAAAAAAAAUUAUUUUUUGCGCGUAAAAAUUGGCCACGGCCAGAUUCGAGGAGUCAGUAGGUCCACUCAGAUUGACAAAUCGAAGCUCACUGUCUUUCCUUAGGUGCGUGGAGUGUCCCACAGAUUAAAAAAGGAGGCAGACAGGGCGCGAAUGUCAGUUGUCUUCUCGACUUCAAAAAAGCUGAAAGCCUCUGCAGAAGCUCAAUCAAGAUAAACCGUCCUAGAAAGCAUGCCAAAAGAAAUACCAGAGACCUGUUACUACUUGCAUCAAGAGAGUAGUUAAUCGCAUUCCUUCAAUCUGCAGCCGCUCCUACGCAAGACAAACUGUACGCUGCCUUAGUGAUAGCCUCAGAGGACAUGCCAGCAUUUUCGGGCAAAAGCAAGGCAGCAACAUGGCACUAAAAUGCAGAUUGCGUAAUCGCGCACCACAUUUCACUCACGUCACCGUCAUCAGAAAACAUUCAGAUGGGCGCACGAGCGAGCUCGUUGAAGCAUAAUUCACUAUUAUCAAGC